CCAGGACUUUCUAUUACAUAAAUGCAACCUUGUGGCAACUACUACAUGACUGUACAAAACUGAAGAAAAAUGUAUCUCAUGUUUAAUUUUUAACUGAACAAAACACCCUUGUCGCAGUUAUAUUUUAUAUGUUGUUGCUCGUCUGUGUGUGUGUCUCUCUCUCUCUAUAUAUCUUUUCCAUUGUCCUCAGUACCUGGGAAGAUAGGAAGGGCUGGUCAUUGGAAAGCAAAUAGCAACAUUGACUGCUCCAGUGUUUUAGUUUUGGCAUAUGACAGUCAAGUGAUGAGAAAGAAAGGACUUGCCUCUGAUUCUUCUCCUCAACAGACGCACUCACUGUGGAACUCUCUCUAACUGAGGAGUCAGCCCUUCUCCAAGGUUGGAUGAAAUCAUAUUUGCUUUCCCUGUUUUACAGAAGGAUUGCACCAUACAAUAUCAGAGAAUACAGAGAGGAUACACAACACAGAUAAAUCUUGACCAUCACCCAAAGAACAACGACGGAAGACAGCUAGUCCCUUCACAGCUUUGCUCAACACGGAGAAGGUUGGGCAGUGAAACCAUCAUCUGGAAAUCGGUCGGGUUAGGGGAACUUUGACAUAUCAUCAGAUCUGAAACUGACCAGUGGUGUGCAGCCUUCCAGCAGAACCAUUCUUUCUGAAGAAUCGGCAGUAUUUGAUCAGUCAAGGUGUAGCUGGGAAGACGUGUGAGUGGGUUUCAAGUGUGGUGAGAGCUUCAGACAUUCAUCAAGUCUUAUGAAUGAUAGUCUCAUUGUGUGAGGAAGGCUUUACAGUUUCAUACCAUCUCUAGACAAAUAUGGUGUGUCUGUGAAACACUGUUUAUACAAGGACAGCUGCAUGGAAGAGAAGCCAUUCAGGUGUGGGGUGUGCGACAAGUCAUUCUCAUGCUCAUCUCACUUCCUUGUACACCAACGCACUCACACAGGGGAGAAACCAUUUACCUGUGAUGUGUGUGAGAAAUCUUUCUCACAGUCUGUAACUCUCCAUGUUCACCAACGUAUCCACACAGGGGAGAAGCCAUUUAGAUGUGAAGCGUGUGAUAAAGCCUUCACACAGUUAUCAAGUCUCCGGAUCCACCAGACCAUCCACACGGGGGAGAAACCCUUCAAAUGUGAGGUUUGUGAUAAGGCUUUUCCGACAUCUACAAGGCUUCUGGAACAUCAGAGUAUCCAUACAGGGGAGAAACCCUUCAGGUGUCAGGUGUGUAACAAAUCAUUCUCACGCUCCUCUCACUUCCGAAGACAUCAACGCAUGCACACUGGGGUGAAACCAUUCAAGUGUGAAGUGUGCAAGAAAUCAUUCUCACAGUCAUCAACCCUACGUAAACACCAACGCCUUCACACGGGGGAGAAGCCAUUCAAAUGUGAGGUGUGUCAUAAGGGAUUUGCACAAAUGCCAGGCCUGGUGAGUCACCGCCGCGUUCACAUGGGCGAGAAGAAAAUAUUCACAUGUGAGACAAUGAUGUCUCUGCAUGGACAUGGAACAAGAUCACCUGCUUCUAUUACACUGAGAGCUAUCUGUGUUGUUUCCCCUCCAGCACUCUCAGAGGACCUGUCGUUCCAAAGCACUAUUUGUCUCAAACCUUUCCCACCAUCAGGCCAAUUAUUUCAAGAAGGUUAAUUUAACCUUUGACCCAAUCACCAAAAUUCAUCGUAAGAAGAUAUCAAAAUGUAUAAAAACUGCUGUAUAAACUCGGUAUCCUUUCAGCGGAUCAAUGUCCACAGUCUGUUGGCCUCAUGGUCAGAGCGAGGCCAACAGCUGGCAUUUAUAGAGCAUCUUAAUAUGUUAGAAUGUCCCAAAGUGCUUCAUUGAGAUGUAACCAGACAAAAAUUAACACUGAAAUAGGGAUGGUAAUAUUAGGUGGUACUUAAGGAGGGUCAUGAAGUGAGAUACUGAAAUGCAAAGAGGUUUAAGGAGGCAAAGAAUAGGGUGUGCCUAACAAUGAACCUGUCAAUCUCAAUUUUGAAAUGUUCAGUAGACUCCCACCCUCAAAAGAAUUUUGCGAGGAGUGAGUUUCAGAACUUGUAGUCCCCUUUUUAUGAAGCAAUAUUUACUGAACUUGUCCUGAACCACCUCACUCUAAUUUUAAUGCUCUAUCCCUUAUUCUGGACUUUCCCACCAGAGAAAAUUUUAUUAAAUUUAUUCAUCUGCUGUGGGUGUCAUUGGCUAGGCCAGUGUUUAUUGCGCAUUCCUAAUUGCCCUCGACAAGGUGGUGGCGAGCUGCAUUCAUAAACUACUGCAGUCCUUGGGAGUGUAGGGACAUUCAUAAUACUGUUAGGAUGGGAGUUCCAGAAUUUUGACCUAGUGACAGUGAAGGAACAGCAAUAUAUUUUCAAGUUAGGAUGGUGGGUGAUUUUGAGGGAUAUUUGCAGGAGAUGGCAUUCCUAACAUGAAGGUUGCUGGUUUGGAAGGUCAUAGAGUCGUACAGCACAGAGACAGGCUCUUUGGCCCAAAGUGGUCCAUGCCGACCAAUAUGUCCAUCCACGCCAACCCCAUUUGCCUUCACUUGGCCCAUAUACUUCUAAGCCUUUCCUAUUGGCAGGGGACGGCACGGUCCCAGAGUCCCAGGUUCAAUUCCAGCCUUGGGCAACUGUCUGUGUGACUUUUGCACAU